AUGAUCCCUACAACGCUCCGAGGUUUCUUCACUACCUCUGUUCUCUCUGUUCGCGAAAACGCUGUCAAGAAUGUCAUUUUCCGUGCAGCAACCCUUCUCCUACAACUCUUUAUCGUGAGGACGUUCACCUUCAUCGCGGCCAGAUCCAAUGCAUACACAUCGUACCUGAUGUUUGCAGAGGACUUCCUCCAAAAGUUCUUUUAUGUCACCUCUCGCAGUUUCAAUAGACAUGCACUCCUGGUUCUUGCCUUUGCUGCUCUCGGAGCACUCUCGGGGCUGUACGACACUCUUUUGUGGUCAUUAGACUCCCCCGGAUAUGUCGUCAGGUCGAAGACCAUCAACGCCACAUCGCUAUCUCAAGAUAUAGUCAUCAAUCCAGCCUACAUUACCUACAUAUCGAACCCAACAGGCAACGUCAACGACAUUGAUACGGAGGGGUCCAUAGCUGCCAACCUCUUCAGGUCCGGUUUGAAUUUUACGCUUCCAGGCGUGAAUGAACCGGGAGUCAGAGAGAUCGUCUCUUCGUCGCAGUUGAUUAACAACACUGGCCCUCGCAUAUGGCUUGAUGAAGACGGCCUCUCCGUGAGCGUUGAUCAAGCUGUGAUGGUCACGACAGACGCCGUUUGUCCCAUUCAAACCCUCACUAACACCACACAAGCGUGGAAAUGCAGUUUUAACAACACAGACGCUUUGCUAUUGGUUCAGACAAGCACAGGGAACCCUGAAAUUUUUUGGGACGACCAACGCUCAGAGUACUUGUUGCCAAAUCGGAUGGAUAAUCCAUGGCAAUCCCUGGGGAGUGGCGGGGAUACUGCAGUAAUGAAGCAGGUGUUCACGGUUACGAAAGAUCGACGUCGUCAUACCUUCAUUGAAACUGCCUUCAAGGCUUCCAUGCUCUCCCUGUAUCCUGCACAGUUCAACGACAGUGACAUCACAGACCUCAUUCAUCGGACAUGGUCCUCCGAUCCCACACAACCUAUCACACCUGACAUUCAGAACUUGGCGGACUAUGUUAUAGAUGCCCAGGCGAAUCAGUCAACUGUCAGCUUUGGCAUCUUCGUUCAAGAACCAUAUGCAUCAAUAUCCUCUACCAUAGAACUUCUGAAUGUUAUCAACUCUGCGAGUGCGGUACCGCUGUUCAGCGUCUUUCGCAUCACUUCGACAAACAUUACCCUCAUUCGUUCCGAGACGCUGCCUCAGGCACCUACCCCGCUAUAUUGUAGAUAUGACACCGUAUUUUCUACGAAUCUUGCAACUGGCGGUCAACUUCGAGGAAACACGUGCUACAAGUCACUCAAUCAGACAAAAGCAUCUUUUGUCUCCCAACUCGACGCGUCCGCGGUGGUCAUCCUCAAUAGCCUGCUGGGUGACGGCACGUCAGACACUAGCGCUAUCGCUUUCAACCAAACAGGAUGGAAUUGGAUCGUAAAUAACAGCAACCACAUAGACGACUUGCUUACCUCGCGAGGACUGAUUGCUGGGGGUGACCGCGCGGCUGUGCAAGUCAUAGUACAGCACAAUGAAGCCGCGAUCUCCUAUUUUCAGCUACUACUCACGCUCCUUCCAGCUCUCCUUGUCCUGAUUGGAGCGGUCGUUAGCUUGUUCUCGGGACCAAUGAGUUACUACCAGAGCUCUUUCCUCGCAGCCGUGUGUACGACGACGCAUAUGACGCCAGGGAAAUGUCAAAAUGUGCGCUACCUACGUGAUCCUCCUGAAAUUACGCUGCGAAGAAGCGGAACACAUGUGCUGCUGAGUACACCUGGUGAAGGCACCCUAACAAACGUUGGCGCCGAUGAAAAUGUUCAGACAUAUGGGAUAACAGAGCCUCUGAUAUACAAGGACGGAUCGUACUCGGUAAAUGAUUAG